AUCAAUUAGGGAGAAGGUGAGAACUAGGGGUAGCAGGCACUAAGACAUGUUGCUACCACGGAGAAAGUAGAUGGGUCUCCAAAGAGAGAGGUGGUCCAACGCUACUCACCACUGUCAUUAGAACAGUGCGAGCUGCUUGCCAGAGAAGCAUCUACACAUUGCCUGCUCGACAUUACAUUGGAACUUUCACGUUUUGAUCAUGCAGCUUUUUCUGAUUUGUGCAAACUGAAAAGCACUUAGAUUUAUCCGUUUAUCUUGGAGAUCACGACGGUGUCUGAAUAUCAAACGGACCAGUUUUACGCACGCAAUUAGUGCCCAGUGUAUACAGGUUGUUGGGAUAGCCGCUCCAACAGACAAAAGUUAUGGACAAGUCAUUUAGUGGUCUGGAAGAUUAGACCAUGAUAUGUGCGUCUGCACAUCAACGUUUUUGAUGCGCGUCAUGAUUUUCUAGGCUCUUCACAGUGAUUGUAUGUGGCCCGCUGUUGCCAGUUACAUGUUGUAAAUCGUCGCUUCUUGGAUAUGGAUACAAUGAAACAAACGGCUGCUGUUGCAGAGAUUGCCUCUAAGGAUUGCACAUUACAGUUUCGGGAAAGGAGACCAUUCGAUAAGCGCUCCAGGGAAAGAAUAGAGGCAGAGAUGGAUCGGGUGCGAACUCGGGAGAGAUUUGAAGCCACUCUAGCCGGUCUCGGAGAGCUGGAAUACUUGAGACAGCGACAGGAAUUACUGGUCAGAAAUGUGUUGAAUCACCAGGAGUACUCUAUACCAACAGUAGAUCUAAUGUGCGUUACGCACGAGGGGAAUUACUUGAACUCGGAGGAAAAACUUCUUGAAGAAAAUAUUUUAUUGCUAAGAAAACAACUGAACUGCCUGAGAAGGAGAGAUGCUGGUUUGAUCAAUCAGCUGCAGGAGUUGGACAGGCAGAUCAGUGAUCUCCGGUUGGACACGGAGGUGUCACGUGAACACGUGGAGACAGACAGCCGCCCGAGCUCAGGCUUUUACGAGCUGAGCGACGGCGCUUCAGGGUCCCUCUCCAACUCUUCCAACUCGGUGUUCAGCGAGUGUUUGUCCAACUGUCGCUCCAGCACCUGUUUCUGCAGUCCCCUCGACACAUCGCUUUGUGCCUCCGAGGGAAGGCUCAAAUCUGCAGAUGAGCUGGGUAACUGUGCUGAGUGCGAGGGCCAGUGUGAGGAGCAGCAGACGUCAGGGACAGUCAGGAGGUCCCCCUCUGCUCCCUACUCCCCCUCUACAGAUACCUCCACUCAAGACAUCCAGUCCAAGUACCACUGUGACCUGAUUGCCAAGAAUGGCAGUGACGUGUACCGCUAUCCCAGCCCCCUCCACGCCGUGGCCGUACAGAACCCCAUCUUCUUACAGUCUCUGGCCGAACACCUCAAAGAGGACGGAGGGCUGUCAAAGAGCGGCGGCUGCAUCGAGGGCUCCAGUGACUGUCAGAAAGUGGAGCAGCAGCCUAUUCUGGUGCCCCAGAGCAAUUCUUGGUCUGCCUCCCACUCGCUCGCUAAUAAACGACUGGACAAUUAUAUCUUCAGCCUGCUUCAGAGGAGGGCUCAGCCCAUUAGGACCAACAAGCCACGGACGAGCAUCAGCACAGACCCCUCCAAGAGCAUCCUAAGGCAGGGUAGUCUGUGUGUGAGGCAGGCUAGUGUUGGACAGCAGCAGCCACAGGGACUGUGGACUGCUCCUGUUACUGACCUCAAACCAACCUGGCAGACGUGUUUACAUGCAGGAGGUGCCAGUAAAAAUGAUCCAGGAACAGGCUCCCAACAGAGACAGUGGUCAGUGGAGAGCAAAGGGGAACUCCUCUUAGAAAUUGGGAUGGUGUCCCAGUCUUUGGGCCAACCUCAGAACGGAUAUGCCACAAUCAACAGCAGUGACAUUCACACCAACAGCCUGGUGACCAACACCAACAGUCUGUUGAAAAAGAAGGCGCCAACCAAUAAAGGACUUCCAUCGUCGACCGGUCCUCUGUCUAAGGAUUACCAAGACCUGGGCGCCCCCAAUGCCAACUCCUCCCCCAAAGAGAGAACGCAAUCUUAUUUCCCUAAUGCUCAAGAGGAAAACAUUACUAAACUCUCCCAGACACUGCCAAGAGACCUCACCAAAACAGGCGCUCCCAAGAAAAGCCCUAAGAGCAUUGCGGUCUCAGUCUAUACAGCCCGGCACACUAAAGAAAAGAGGCCAAUACUGGAGCUGGUGAGUCUGGGGUCUUCCUCCCAGAGCCAGGAUGAGAGUCAGGGUCACAUGGUCAGUGCCCAGUACAUCCCCGCCCAGAGGCAGGUGGUCAAGCUCCGCAAGGGGGGCAAAAACGUUAAGAUUGUCAAGGUGAAAAGCGCCUCCCUGAAACCACAUAGGGGGACGCACGCACAUGCUGAGCCUGUAUCAUCAGAGAUGACGGGGACGAGGGAGAACGGUCACCGAUCUGGAGGAUCUAGGAAGUCUCGUCAGCCUGAGGAGGUACAACAUGUGCACAAAGUCUCCUCCAAGAGGGGGGCAUCUUCCAGGGCCAAGCGCACCGUCCCAGCAUCUAUCCCUGAGGGCCGGGUCCUAGAGAAACACAUGGCCAUGGUGUCUACAACAAGGUCCACUGUGACCAGGCAUCACGGCUACCAUGGUAGGGAGGUGGUGGUGGCCAAGCCCAAGUACAAGCGGACAAGCGGACAGGACUACAACCGUGGAAGGCUGAGAGCCAUCACUGAGGUGCCUUACGACGAGGCCCUCAGGAGAGCCCACCGCAGGCAGAAGAGGGAGCUCCUCGGCCAGGUCUCCACAACCACCACCAUGUACCUGCCCUCCAACGUGCAGUUCACCAGCCCUUACGCCUACGUGGCCGGCAGCGAUUCUGAGUACUCCGCAGAGUGCGCCUCACUCUUCCAUUCCACCAUCAUGGACACCAGUGAGGACGAGCGGAGCAACUACACCACCAACUGCUUCGGGGACAGCGAGUCCAGCCUGAGUGAGGUGGACUUUGUUGCGGAGAGCACUAUCAGCAGUGACUCUGAGGAGAGUGGAGGGAUGAACUGGCCCCAGUUUGCAGGGCAGGGCGCUGGGCCUCAGGAAGUAACCACUGCCCAGGCUAAGGCCUUCGUCAAGAUCAAGGCCUCUCACAACCUGAAGAAGAAGAUCCUCCGCUUCCGUUCUGCGGGCUCGCUGAAACUGAUGACGACUGUAUGAGGGAGGGACUUCAGGGUGUCGGGCAGGAAGCAGCGACCAAUCAAAUUGGUUGCUCUCUCAAGUGCCUAGGCUGAUUUUCUUAUUUUACAGAAAGUCUCUGCUAAAGUUAGUCUCAGAGACAUUUAAGGAAACAUUUUAAUUGGGUUUGGACAAAAUGUCUGGCAGACUCCCUCUCUCUGCACUUUCUGACAAACAUUGGACAGGGUGAAAAGCAUCUGAGUAGCCCCAUUAUUUUGUUUUAUGUAGCCAUUUUUUGUAUUUAUUAUGGACUUUAACCUUGCUGUAGUACAUGGCAAAAAGUUCUGUAAAUGCUUUUAAUGGUUAUGGUUUACUUUUUGAUUAAAGAUAUUUAAACUUAAUAUAUUUGGUUGCUAUUUCUUGGAUACAUAUUUGAUUGAUGAUUGAAGCAGAGUAUUACUUAAAAGUGGCUGUAAGGAAUAUUCAUGCAAAUAAAGACAGUCUAUUCUGAAAAUUGAAAACUGCUGAUGAUACCAUGGUAACACUUUGAUAUAUGUACACAUAAGAUCUGCAUGAGCAACUGCUUUUCCUUCAUCUGUUGUUGAUACCAAGUAGCUAGCUCCAAUUGUUGUUUAUAAUGAUUAUGCGUGUUAAUACUGGUGCUUAACUUUUUUUAAUGCAUUAUUAAAUGUCUGCUUUAAAUUCAA